AUGGUCCGCAUAUUAAAUUGGUGUAAACCACGAUGGCGUUUAUUAAUUGUUUUGUUAACACCAUUGGUUCUUCUUCCAAUACCACUUAUUGGUAAAUCACCUCAAGCACGAUGUGGUUAUAUUGUACUUAUUUUAACUAUCUAUUGGGUUUUCGAAGCAAUACCAUUACCAGUUACUUCUUUAUUACCAUUAGCUCUUUUUCCAAUGGCUGGUAUUUUACCUGCUGAAAUUGUUGCACCACAUUAUUUUAAAGAUAUAAUAACACUUUUCUUUGGUAGUAUGGCACUUGCUUUUGCUGUUGAAUCUGUUAAUCUUCAUCGAAGAAUUGCAUUAUUUGUUCUAAGUCUUGUUGGAACUUCAACAAAAUGGUCUAUGGCUGGUUUAAUGGCGGUGACUGCUUUUCUUUCAAUGUGGAUUAAUAAUUCAGCAGCAACAUCAAUUAUGUUACCGGUUGCAUUAGCAAUAACUAAUGAACUUGAAAGUCAUACUAAAGGAUAUCAUGAAAAGAAAAAUGCUGCUAAAGAAGCUGCAUCUGCAGUAAAUGAAACACUUGAUCUAACUGAAGUUGAAUCAUCCAUCGAACAUGUUAUAAAAGGAAUUGUUUUAAAUCCAUUACAUUUAGAAGAACCAGAACCAACAAAUCGUGUAACAUUAAAAAAACGUUUCCAAUUACCAUGGAAAAAAUCAAAUCGUCUUAUAGUUACGUCAUCCGAAGACAAAAAAUAUAAUAGCAUAAAGAAAGGAUUUCUUCUAGCUGUUGCAUAUUCAGCAACUAUCGGUGGUUUAUCGAGUUUAGUUGGUACAGCACCGAAUAUUUUUGUUAAAGGUUUUGCUGAUAGUCAAUAUAAGAAUACUGCAUUUCGUAUAAAUUUUCUUAAUUUUCUUUUAUUUGCUUUACCGGUUGCAUUAUUAAUGCUUGUCAUUUGUUGGUUAUGGUUACAAAUUUAUUUUAAUACUAAAGAAUUUUUUCAAUUUCGUACAGAUCCUGAAUCUCAAGCAAUACAAGCUGAUUUAAAACUUAUGUUACUUAAACAAUAUCAUGAUCUUGGAAGACCAAAAUGGAGUGAAAUUUCUGUUGCAAUUGUUUUCUGUUUUAUGAUACUUCUAUGGGUAACAAAAGAUUUUUCUGGAUCACCAGGAUGGGAUGUUAUAUUCAGACAUAAAUUUAUAAGUGAUGGAACAGUAGCAAUAUUUUGUGGAGUUCUCCCAUUGAUUUUACCAAAUGCAAAUCCUUUACAAGCUGAUUGGAAAUAUGAACCAAUAAUACGUUGGAAUGAUUUAGCAAAACAUAUGCCAUGGGGUGCAUUAAUAUUACUUGGUGCUGGUCUUGUUGUUGCAUCAGCUUUUCAAGCGUCACAAUUAUCAGAAAGUGUUGCACAUGCACUUAAAUUUCUCUCUGGUAUACCACGUGCCGCUGUUAUUUUAUUAGUUAUUAUUAUAAGUGGAUUUUUUACGGAAGUAACAUCAAAUUUAAGUACAGCUAGUAUAUUUUUUCCGGUUUUAGACUCCGUUGGACGUUCUUCUGGUAUUCAUCCCGCUUUUCUUAUUCUUCCGUGUACAUUAGCAGUUUCAUUAGCUUUUAUGUUACCGAUUGCAACACCACCAAAUGCAAUUGUCUUUGGCAGUGGUGCUCUUCGUGUUAUUGAUAUGGUUAAAGCUGGUAUUGUUAUGAAUAUAAUGGGUUUUCUCGUUAUUUUUUUUGCUGCAACGACUUGGAUGCCGAAAAUUUAUGGUUUAACUGGUGAUGCAACGAAUAUAUUUUUUAGUUUGAAUACAACAGUAAAUCCCGGAUUUUAUAAUGGAACAGAAUGA